UAAUUUCUUCAGCUUUCUAAACUUUCAGAGGACUCUUAAACACCAUUUGUAUUUUCUAUGCACCUGAGAUUUUUAUAGCUAACAUUGAGUUUUUAUUGAUUGUGGAUUUUCUAGAGGCCAGCAUUUCAAUCAACACAAUAUUUGUGUAACCAGAUAUAAAAAGCCAAACAAAAGAAAGCACAAAUGUCCACACUGAAGAAAUAAAUCAAUGAUGCUUCCUCAUUAAGGAACAGCCAGAGGCCGCCUAUCACAAUACAGUAUUCAUGAUAAUGUUCAAUAGUUACAACAUUAAAACUUAGUCAUUAUGGGAACUGCUGUAGACAACCUGUGUAUAGGUCUAGAACACGAUAUUGAUGAACAAUAUCAGUACCAGCCAGGAGAAAUUGUCAGGGGUCGCGUGGAAGUGACCUUGACCCGACCCCUCACCAUACGCACAAUUUCUAUUGGAGUGUAUGGGCAAGGGGUUGUUGCUUGGGAGGAUCGUGACUUGGGGUCAUUUCAGGCAGAUGAAGAAUAUAUUAAUGCAUCCAAGAACAUUAAUCUAGGGACCAGUCAUUAUGAUAAGGGUCAACAUCAAUUCCCAUUUGAAUACCUACUGCCAAACAACUUACCUUCUUCAUUUAUAGGAAAAUAUGGCAGUGUGACUUAUGUUUUAAAAGCAGUUAUUCAAGGAGAAAGACCAGGGGAGACUAGCAUAACUAGUGAACCUUUUUUGAUUUUAAGAAAUUCCAUUCUUCCUGAACCAAGCAAUAAAACUAUUGGGGCAUCAAUAGAAAAAAGACUUUGGUCAAUGUGUGCAACUGGGAAACUUAAGUUUAGUGUGGAGUUAAACAAGGUUGGUGCUCUCCCGGGGGAAGAUUUGUUUAUUCGUGCAGAAAUUGCAAAUAAAUCUCCACUGCGAGUGACUGCAGCACAAGCCUCUUUAUUUAUGAACAGUGUGUAUCAUGCAAGACAACGGAAAAUUCCAUAUCAUCAAAUUGUGAACAAACGCAGAGAUGAGCAUGAAUUAAUGAGUGGUGAUGGGAGACGGUGGCAAAAUGUUCGAUUAACUGUUCCACCUUACAUUCCAGAAUCUGGAUUAGAACACUGUGACAUUAUUGAGAUUUCAUACAAGUUUCAAUUUCGUGUGGAAUUAUCAGGUGGGAAAGAGGUGAAAGUGGAAUUACCGAUUCUGAUUGGGACUCAUCACAUGGCUCUGGAUCUUCCUGAAAAUGCCAAAGUAGAUAGUGGUAGAUACAAUAAUGAAUGGAGCACUCAAUAUUUCCCUGGGAGUUCCAAUGAAAUGGGGAAUGGAUUUGAAAGGGAGACAGAGAGAUGGGAAGGAGGGGUCCCUGAACUUCGUCCAGUGGAUUCUACCAUGGUAAACCCAUUGUUUCAAAAACAACUGCCAGCUCACUUUGAGCGACCGAAGAAAAUUUCUCAAGAUGAAAUGCCAGAGAUCAUUGAGAAUACAAAACUUUGAAUUAAGAUGUUUUAAGUUUUAAUAUUUAACUUUUACACUAUUCAUUCUGUAUUUGGGUAUGUUUUUAUCCCAUUGAAAAUGAAUAUGGAAAUACAUGUACAAAUAUAAACUUUGAAAAACCCUUCAAUCAUUUAAUAAUGAUUCUUACAACCAUACAAUGUACACUAAAUGGUAUAAUCUGAUGGGAUAUAUUAAGCAGAUUACUUCACUAUAAAAUGAAGUGCAAAUUAAAUUUUAAUUCCAGUUUAUUCAUACACUGUAUAUUAAGCUUUUUCAAAUGAAUUUAUAUCUGCUUAAAAAUUAAAAGCUUGCCUGACAGUAAAA